AUGCGAUUUCGUCUAUUUGGUGACCUGGACUGCCCGGACUGGAUCCUGGCCGAUAUCGUCCUCCUCUCACGUCUCACCUCCAUCAAGCUGAAACUUCUUGCCAAGCAAGUGGUGGAAAACAUAGUCCAGAAAACUCUAGACUUUGAAAAGUGCCAACGCCUGUCCGCCGAUGCCAAAUUUAAGGAUGGGGACGUCAAAGCAUGCAUCAAUGCCCUGCGACACAUCCUGGUGUCGGCAGGAAGGAAUGAUGUCAACGAUGAAGUCCUCUCCCACGAACUCCAGCAACUUGGACUUCCCAAGGAACAUACAUCGAUGCUAUGCAGCGUCUAUCUCGAGAAUGCAGCCCUCAUCCAGGAGAGGCUCCGCGCCGAGAGUCUGCGGAUUAACCCGGUCCAAGACAUACAGUGGCGAGUUGAGGAAGCAGUUGGGUCUUCAGAAAAAAAGGCCACGUUCGUGUUUCGUACUCCGGACGAGGUCACGCCCUUAACGAUGACUGCCCAACAAGUCCAUCUUCUCCUGAAGGAGAUGAAAGAGGCUCGGGAUAUCCUUUCAAAUUUCCGCAGCACAUCAUCCUAG